AUGUCGGCAUUCUUAUCACCAUCACCGAAGAAAUCCUAUGUCACUGGCGAACAAUAUAUACGUACAAUAGCUCAUUACAUACGUGCAAAUGACCGUCGUCUCACCUCCCAUCAAGUCUCGUCCCAAUUGUCAGGUCACAAACGCAGCGACAGUGGCAGUGGUGUUUUCUCAAUACAACACUUGUGGUCAAUCAGUGCUGCACUUACUGGAACUUCAAGUCCAACACCUAGUUCGUCUCCCAUCCCAAAGACGCCCCUAGUCGCACUGGAUCCUCAUCAUAUGUAUUAUUUAUUAACCAGGUUUAGCGAGUUAGGAUUAGAUGUAGGGGCGUUUGAACCAGACUCUGAGUUGAUAAUUCGACAGGGAGGAGGACUGGAAAUGUCAGCCGAUGACAACACCGAUGCUGCAUCAAUCGGAUCAGUGAAUUCAAUCGGGUCGGUUUCGUCUGCCAUGUCGUCGUUAUCUCUUUUGUCUGGAUGGAAUGGAUGGUCGACGGCAGCACAACAGGCAGAGCAGGGUCCAAUAGAGGCAGAAAUCAAAUACAUAUUCAAGGCAUUUUCCAAAAUAGUCGGAAUAAAAGUUGGACCGUUCAAUCAACGACGUAUUGACGGAUCAGAAAAUUGGCCAAAGGGAAGUAUGCUCUCAUUUAGUCCAUUCAAAAGCCUCUGCCAUUUGGAGAUCUACGAUAUGCCUGUCAAAAAUUUCGAUGGAUGGGAUAUAAUACAAGAACGUCUGGAGAGUUUAACUGUACAAAGAGGAUCAAUCGACGAUAUCGUCGAUUUAUUCGCUGAUGCAGUUGUUAAUUCAGCUAAGCGACGCAAGGCUAUAGAGGCCAAGAGGAAACAACUGAAAGCAAACAUUCAUCUCAACAAUGCCAUUGACGUCGAUUCUCCACCAGCAACACAAGAACAAGACGCGGGUGAAGUAGCAGACGACUCAUUACCAGUCUUACCAGAUAAUGCUUGGUCUCGGUUGGAAUCUAUAAAUUUAUCGGACAAUUCUUUGACAUUCUUCUCAGCCGAGCCCAUUAUGUACAUCUCUAAUUGUACUCAUCUUGAUUUAUCUCGUAAUCUACUCAUUGCUAUUCCAUCAACAUUGGCUCAGCUAAUACAUUUGAAAUGUUUAAACGUCAGUUAUAAUAUGAUCGAAAAUCUCACAGGGAUUUAUCAGAUACUAGGAAACGUAAGCAGAUUAGAUCUAAGAGAAAACCGCGUAAAUAAUUUAUGUGGAUUAGAAAGACUGUACGAGCUGGAAUUUGUGGAUUUGAGAGAUAACUAUUUAACAGAUUGGGAGGAAAUCAAGAGAAUGACAGACUUGUCUGGAAUUAAGGAGAUUAACGUUGAAGGAAAUCCAUUUACAAAGCUGCAAAAUUAUCGAGUCAACAUAUUCUCGGCGUAUCGUGAGCACGACAUAGACAUAAUUUUAGAUGGAUCAGCCCCAACAUUUAAUGAGCGCCAGAAGAUCUCUGUUCAGCCUCGAACAUCUAGCCCCAAAGUUCCUGCCGCUGUCCUGAGCAGGAACUUGAGCGCGGAUAAUCUCAUUGAUAUUAUUAAGAGUAUUCCGCUAAACAUCACUGGUAAAGGAUCACUGAGAAAGAAGCGAAAUAAACGAAUAGUCGACCUCGAUGCUGAAGAUGAUGCAAGCGGCACCGGCACCGAUACAAACACUGACGAAGGGGCUUCCGCUCGACGUACAAAAUCAAAGAGCAAGAAGAAGAAAUCCGCAAUCAACGAAACACCACCAUCUUCAUCACCCAUUUCCUCAUCACCCGCAUCUCCUACUAGCCCAACUGAUGGCAAACCUCGUCGUACUGUCCUCCGUAUAGCCGAAAUAGAACGAGUAACAUCCGAACCGCGCAAAUUACGUAAACCCAAGUCGAUGAAAUCACUUAAAACUGCUGUCGAUUCCCCUUAUGCGGCAACUGGCAUAUCGGCAUCAGCUUCAGAUGAUGAUGCAAAAUCUGCGCUUGCUUCUCCGAUUGCCAGAGGAGAAGAGUUUAGAAAGAAAAUUAACGAUAUGAGGUCAGAGGGUGGGACUGCGUGGUUGAAAGUAUUGGGUGAGGUAAAUUUUGCCAAGAAGAGCGGAGGAGAUACGACUGGACUGCAUUCCAGUGAACCACAGUUGAAAGGGAUAGUUAACCGGUUGUUGAAGGAGAAACGUGAUCAAACGGCAUAG